UUCCGUACCGAUAUCAAGACUUUACUUUCUAUAAAGCAAGUGGGUCAUCAGAUGUGAAAUGUUGCGAAAAUUCGAGCAGAGUACACCGUUCCCAAGGAACGUGGGUCAAAAAUAUGGACAUACAAAUCGCCCACACUGAGCUUUCUUCGAGAUAGAAAUGGUUCCUUCGAUUGGUACAGUUUGAAGUUUCUGCAGUCAAGAUUCGGUAACUGAACGCGAUAUGGAUUCCUCAAAAAGUUUAUUCCUCUACUGUUCUUUCCUGUUCCUGAUGCAAGGGGUUGUUGGUGAAGGAGAUAAAAAUUUAGAAGCUCUCUGGAAUCUUACUAGCUACGCCAUACAGAGCAGGCAAAUAAACCAAGGUUACCCUAAUCAACCAAUCACGACUUCGAAUUAUCCUGGUGCCUACAACCACUUGCACAGAAUCCAAGGGACAAGAGAGGGAGGAAACACUCCCGUUUACGCAGGACAUUACAACUACUUCCAGAAAUAUCAAAAUCGACCCCUCAUCCAAAAUCCGGCUUCUACCUACGGUAAGCCCUAUCCAGAGGUCGGUUAUGGCCUUUUAAGGCCUCGACCGGGCUACCCUGUACCCCAGAUCGGGUACCCGGACCAGAACGGAAAACCCUGGACGUCGUUCCUGCCCAGCAGGGAGUCCUUCAUGGAAGCGUUGGAUUCCAUCGCCAGGAAUGACGAGUUACGUUGCGUUCCCAGGAUAUUGUGCGAAGUAACGUCAGGAACAUUGUCCGCAAGACAAAGUGGUCUAAGAUUACCGUUCAAUGUCGAUAUGGAUUCAAUAGUCGGAUUAUUAUCCGGAUUCAAUGGAGUCGAGCUGAACCCUCUACUAUCCUUCGGAAAAGCUGCAUUGCUGGGUUAUUCCUCGAAGGGGAAUGCUGGAAGUUGCAUGUACGCUUACCCCGAAUGUCCCAGAGAUCCCGAAAAGCUCGUAGAUUACCUCAACAACUACAAUGGCGGAUUCUUCAGGUUCUUCAGCGGAUUGAACCCCCAGCACCAGCAGAAUCAAUUUUACGGACAACUACCAGCUCAUCUACAACAGAGACCAUCAUUUCCAGCCAAUUUUCUUCCAGCAAUCAACAACUAUGGAUCGCACGUUCCUCAUCGCGUGUACAAUUACAAAGCCAAUAGGGCGGAAAAACGGAUACUGACGAAGCCCACGGAUUUCGAUUACGCCAGCAACAGAUUUCCGGACGUCCGUCAACAAAGGGGAAUCAAGUUCCCGGACGCAUUCGGCAACGAACUAUAUCCUUCCAGCAAUUUCCACGAUGCCGGGCCCCUGAGGACCCUCAAAUUCCCAAUUAGCGACGAAGACGCUCGCGAGGGACCUCUCAGGCACCCAAAGAGACUCGCCGGUUUCCACGAGACGAGCUACCAGAGACCGUCGCCGGCCCACAGGCCCGCGCCCAUGAUUUUUCCGGACAGGACCGGUACGGGGGAGUUGAAAUUCAACCCCGAGGAGCUGGCCGACUAUUUCGACGGGCCCACGUCCUUCCAGAACAACAAUCUGAUCAGCUUCGAACGGGAGACGAACGAUUUUCCGUCGUAUUUUUCGCACUACGGUCCGUACGGCUCAGGGGCGGAUUAUACCGGAUCGAACAGGCUCAACGACCGGUUCUUUCCGGCGUGAGCUUGAUUCGCGGAGGAAUUUUGCUGUGAUAUAGAGCGUCUUCUGCUCGAAAAUAAUGCGGGGGCUUGUUUGACCUUUAUAGUACCUAAAAGAGUUGAAUAAAAUUCAUUAAAACCGAA